AGAAAGAGCAGAAGAGCAGAAGAGGCACAUUGCGGGGUUCAGGCGAAGGGAGGCAUGACAUGCGGACCGCAGAGAAAUCACCACCACCACACUGCGCGCUGACAGAGGAGUAGAAAAACAAGCGGCGCGUCACAUCUAGAAGAUCGCUGUGCAGACCGACUGUCGAACACCAACCUAUUCUCCGCGUGCAUCCCGUUAGCAGGUCUCUCUGGACGGACCGGCUCUGUCUGGCUGUGUGAAGCCAUGCCACCGGGCCAUUACCGAAUCGGUGCCCUGUCAGCGCUACUCUGUGUCUGUGUGAUUUGGACCGGGUUCGCAGCAGAAACACAAGGUGAAGUCGACCCCACACCUCCACCCUCCUCCCCCUCCCUCUCUCAAGCCGUAGGGGACACAGACAUAGUCUCAUCCCGGGGGAGAAGUUCCAUGGUUGGGCUAGUGCCUGGUGCGGGGAUGGGUGCCACUGGUGAUCUGCUCGAGUCAUUCCUGGCCCAGAAGGAUCGUCUCCUCAACCAUACAGGGGGGGUGGUCCUGCCAUCUGCUCUGCCCCAGGACCUGCUGCCUCUCCUGGGGAGAGGACUGAGCGUGAGGGGCCUGUCUGGAGGUCUCUCUCUGGAUCAGCCCCACGACAGCGGACCCCUCCUCCCGUCACAGCAAUCCCAACCCGACAGCAACCCCAUCCCCUCCUCCUCGCAGCCCGGGACACACACAUCCACACACACACCGCCAGGACAGCAAGAUGAGGUCACCGCUAUCGUCACCGCGACCAUAGACGCAGACACAGACAUGGAGACCGACAUGGAUGCAGACACACCUUCACCAGCUGUGUCUGGCUGUAUGGUGAAUUUCUCCGACCCAGAGGGAUACAUAGACUCUUCUGAUGACCCCCCUCUACCAGAUGGAACAUUCAUACACUGUACAUACACCAUCACUGUGUACACAGGCUAUGGAGUCGAGCUACAGGUGAAGAGUGUGAAUCUGUCAGAGGGAGAGCAGCUGUCAAUCAGAGGGGUGGAUGAGGGCGGGGCCUUGCUGGUUCUGGCCAAUCACACGCUUCUGGUGGAGGGUCAGGUGAUCCGCAGUCCGACCAAUACCAUCUCAGUAUACUACCGCUCCUUGCCUGAGGGGGGCAUGGGCAUGUUCCAGCUGCACUACCAGAUAUUCCGUCUGAGCUGUGCCCUGCCUAGGAGGCCUCACUUUGGGGAGGUGUCAGUGCUGGACCUGCUGCCAGGGGGCACUGCCCGCUUCCAUUGCCAUAUGGGCUACCACCUGCAGGGGGCAGCAGCGCUCACCUGCCUCAAUGCAUCUCUGCCUGUCUGGAGCAGCAAGGAGCCCAGCUGUAGAGCACUGUGUGGGGGCUCAGUGAAGAAUGCUACAGUAGGGAGGAUCCUGUCUCCCUCUCCCCACCCGGGGCCCAACGCCACCCAGGACCGCUCCUGCUCCUGGUCCAUGGAGGCCCCCACAGCACAGAGACUACACCUGCACCUGGAGAGACUGGCCCUUGGACCCACCGACAGACUUGUGUUAUGGAGUGGUCUGGACGCUGGGUCUGUGGUGCUAUUUGAUUCGGGGCGGGGUGGUCCAAUACCGUUUGAAGGGGUGAUCAGUGAGGGUCCAGCGGUCAGGGUACAGUUCAUCACUGACCAACCUAACCACAAUACAGGCUUCAACAUCCGCUAUGAGGCGUUUGAGCGUGGUCAUUGUUAUGAGCCCUACCUGCAGAAUGGUAACUUCAGCACCACUGACCAGGCCUAUGGUGUUGGAGCUGUGGUGCAGUUCAGCUGUGAUACUGGUCACUCUCUGGAGCAGGGGCCGCCCGUCAUAGAGUGUAUCAAUGCCAGAGACCCCUACUGGAACGACACGGAACCACUCUGCAAAGCCCUGUGUGGGGGGGACCUAGCGGGUCCUGGGGGUGUGAUCCUGUCUCCUAACUGGCCAGAGUGGUACGGAGAGGGAGAGGACUGCAGCUGGAGGAUACAUGUAGAGAAGAAAAAACGCGUGCUGCUCGACGUGCAGCUUCUGAACCUGAGUGACAGUGACAUGUUGACCAUCCUGGACGGUGAUGAAGUCACCACCCAUAUCCUGGGCCAGUAUGUGGGCGGAACCGGGCCCUUCAAGAUACAGUCCACGACCCCUGACCUCACCGUGACCUUCCACUCCGACCCCGCCGGCCUCGUCUUCGGCAAGGGAGAGGGCUUCAUCAUCAACUACAUGGAGGUGUCCCGUAACGACUCGUGUCCGGACCUGCCGGAGAUCCAGAAUGGCUGGAAGACCACGUCCCAUACUGCCCUGGUGCGGGGCGCUCGCAUCACCUACCAGUGUGACCCAGGCUACGACCUGGUUGGACGAGAGACUCUGACCUGUCAGCUAGACCUCACCUGGAGCACACAGCCCCCCUUCUGCGAGAAGAUAAUGUAUUGUUCAGACCCGGGUCAUGUGGAACACUCCACCAGGUCACUUUCAGACCCUAAACUCCUGGUUGGGACCACUAUCCAGUACAGCUGCUACCCUGGCUUCAUCCUGCAGGGCGGUGCCACCCUCACCUGCUACGGACGAGAGCCUGGCACCCCUGUCUGGACAUCUAAACUACCCCACUGUGUCUCGGAGGAAUCUGUUUCCUGUGAGAACCCCGGUCUCCCUGACAACGGGUACCAGAUCCUGUCCAAGCGCCUCUACCUGCCCAGCGAGUCGCUCACCUUCAUCUGUUACCAAGGCUACGAGCUCAUCGGCGAGGUCGCCAUCAAGUGUAUUCUGGGGAACCCAUCAUUUUGGAGCGGACCACUCCCGCUGUGCAGGGCCAACCAUGACUGCUUUGGCAACCAUGCUUUGGAAGUUGUUGAGGCAGCAGCCGGGUCAGGGCUGGACGGUGGCAACAUGGCAUUGGCCAUCUUCAUCCUUGUACUUCUGCUCUCCGUGCUGCUGGGAGGAGCCUACGUCUACAUCACACGGUGCCGCUACCACUCCAACCUGCGGCUGCCACUCAUCUACCCACACCCCUACAGCCAGAUCACCUUGGAGAGCGAGUUUGACAACCCACUCUACGAGACAGGAGGGGACAACCGUGAAUAUGAGGUAUCAAUAUGAGGACCUUCUCCACUGUUGGAAUCCCAAAAUGAAGCAUCCACCCCACCAACCCCUCCCCUCCCCCUACCCUUCCUCCUCUUCCUUAGCCCCUCCCAGGAGGAAGUUAUGUAAAUACAUACUGACUAUAGUCCUGCCCCUUCCCCCCAUGACCCCAUGACCCUGUCCUCCAAUCCCAGAGAGAGGCGUGCGAGAGAGUGAAGACGAGUGGGAGAGGGAAUGGGGGAGAAGAGAGGAGAGGAGAAAGGGGAGGACAGGAGAUACUGUGAAAUGGGGCUGCAGGAUUUGGGGGAUAAAGAGACUGAAGCACUUGUGACAAGUUGUGUCUAUUUACUCAUGUGUCUACCAUUAGAGAACAAAUACAGAGACAGGGAGAGUGUGUAAGGGAGAGAGAGGGAGGGAAUACAUGAAGGAGAGAGAGGGGGAGAGGUGAGGGAGAGAAGGGGAGAAAGUAGGAGGAGUGAAAGAUAGAAGAGAGGAGAGAGCCAAAACAAAACUCAAGUAUUGUUAAAUGAAUGUGGUCCAUUGGGAUGUAAAAUGCAGGAGUAAAUUUGGACCUUAGAAUCAGAAUCAGACACAUGAAGUGAGGCCAUUAUCUCUUCCUGUCCGUUCCCCAUCUUCCUGCCUGCAGUCAUUUCUAAGGCCUGGUCUUAGACCAGUUUAUAGUACUGGUUUUACCGUAGUAACUGACCUUCCCUGUACAAGCUCAACCAACCAACCAUAAAAACACCAGAAGAGACCACCACCAGAUUAUGUAUUUAUUUUGAUGUAAAUGUGACGUUUUAUGCAGAUUAAUGAAUAUACAUUUUCAUUUUGAGAAGAAAAAAAGAAAAGAUGUACCAUGUUACUGAUUUCCCUAAAUUAAUGGUCAAAAUAAAAAGUAUGAUAGAAUCUUUCUAUAAAAAUAAAACCCACACAUUGUCUUUGUUGUCAGUUAUUCGAGUGUCCCUCCCUAUGUCACUGGGCAGAACAAGGAACAUAAAGAAGAGAACAUUCUCUGACACGGUGCAGUGUUGUCCUGCUAAUGCAGCAGUAUAUCCAUAGACACACACACAGGCUAUGUCUCCUUUCCUUCAAGAACACAGUCUGGUAGGUAAAAGAACUGGAUCCAUUCCAGACACUGGACUUCUGUGUGCACUUCCAGUCACUUCAUAGCAUAGGAAGGCUAUCCGGCGAUCAAGUUUGUUAUUUGUCACGUUCUUGUUUGAAGAUCCUGUAGCGCAAUCUCUCUCUCACAGACACACACACACACACCAGGGGUGACAGAGUUGUUGGAACUGGUUUACUUUCAUUCUGACCCAUCAGCUUUUUCCCCCCUGACCUCAGUACCCAACAGCCUCAAAAACAAAGUUGCUUUAUGUUUCAAUGACUAUUGCUGCUAUUCACAAAUGAAAAGGUACUACUUAACGGCAAAGGUGUGAAAACAACUGUGUGUGUGUGUGUGUGUGUAUUUUCUGUCUGUGAGGGCAUAUGUGUAUUUACCCAACAAAACAGCUUAAUAGAGAGGGUGUCAGAGUCAUACAAAGCCCUAUGUUUUCAGGAAGUAAAGGCAGGCUUGACUGAGUAGUGCAACACAAAGUAGACUAGAUGGUCAAGCGAGUAUAUGAGCUACUGUAUUUGUUCUUAAUUUAGGGUCAGGGGAGAUAUUCCUUAAAAUUACAUUUAAAUCAAUAUGGAAGUUGCAAUGGUGACUUCUGUCCUAUAGCAUAGAUAUAAAACAGAAUAAGGCCUAGUGGGUCAGAGAAAUCAGUCCUAAAAAUGCUUCAACCUCUUCUCUCUUUUCUAACCACUUCAUUCUUCUGUCCUUAUCUAACUCACUCUGUUCCGCACCAGUUUUCACACUCAAACUAGUUCACCACAGUUCAACUUCCUCUUCCGUCCGUUAAGUACAGCAAACAUAUCUCUCUCUCUCUCUCAUGUCAAUGUUUUAUAGCAGACUGUCUACUUUCUUUUCCUCCAUGACCUUUUCUUUCUUGUUUGUCUCCCUUUCAUCUGUCGUCGCUCUAUGUCCCCUCCACCUUCUCUCUCUCUCUCUCUCUUUAUCUCUCUGUUGGUUUGUCUAUCUGCAUAUCUGUGUUCUAAUUCUGACCUUGACUGACCUUGAUUGAACAGCGAAGGUUCUAGAAUGCCUGAUUAGACCUUGUGAAGUUUGCAUUUCAUAUUUACUGACAGGCACUUACUUGAUGAAUAAUAAUAUAGUUUGUUUCUGUAUGAAUAUGAGAUGUAAAAUCUACCUUGGUCUUGUUUCUCUCCCUCUAUUCCACAAAGUACCUCUCUCUAUACGUCUCACCAAGGGUAGUCUCACUGAAGCCAAAACAUCUCUUUUACAAGAAAGACCUGAUCAAAAAAGAUGCACACACAAGUGGCCUACUACCUGUGACCAAGAGACCAUGACCAAGCACAACUGUCUCCAUCAGUGAUGCAUGUGUCAGCACGGAUGGGGUUAACAAGGCUCCUGAUCUUGGACGGCUCUACACCCUGACCCAGUUCCUGCGUUUCUGGGAGGAGACAAGAGUUGUGCCCAGGCUGCUGUGUCUGAGGUUGGGCUAAUGAGGAGGAGGGGGUCAGCACUGAGGUCCUGGACCGAGUGGUCACUGCUUUCCUUCUUGAUAUCAUAGUUUGACAUGGAGAGCCAGCACUUGUACUCUGAAAUAAAGACCCUUUCACUCUGAAGAGAGCUCAGUACCUCACUUACCUCUUCCCCAAGUAGGCCUGACGUACUUUGCUACACACAACACAUACCUCCGUCAAGAAGACACACAUAUACACUGACCUUA